AUGUAUGUUACUUGGCGUCUCUCGGAAUGUCAGAGAAACUCUUUCAAAGCAUUGCCGGAAGGUCCAAACUCAGGCGUGCUUGUGAUUCAAGACGAAGAGUCAAAGCCGACUUGUUGCUUUGGAUCUUGCUACGAUGGUCUACUCAAAGGCUUACCGUUCCCGCAGGACGCGAAGCUGACUGUGACUUAUACAAGCGGAGCUGGUCAGACUAGGACAACUUACCGUGACCCGGUUAUGUUCAUUCCUGUUCUUGAUCAUCAUCCAUCUUCUAACCGUUACUAUAUCAUUCAACGGCGUGGGAAGCAUUCAGGAAAAGCUUCGGUUAGUGCAAGAGAGGAAGAGAGAGUCCCCUACUGUUUUUGCUUCAGCUAUGUUCCUGAUGCUAAGCCACGACAAGCAGAUCCUUAUGACAUAAACCAACAAUUCGAGAUCCAACCAAAACCAUCUUCUCGAAGAUACUUUGCAACCACCGUGGCUCCUGGCGGGAUACCACCAAAGUUCCUUAAGAGAAAUUGGACCGUCGCAUACUCGAAUUCUCAAGACUUUGGUCUGGUAGAUGAUGCAAAGGGGAUUGAUACAAAGGUUCGUUCGGAGCUUCCAAGUGAUCUAAACACAAGCGUUGUGGUAGGGAAAUGGUAUGUCCCUUUCAUAUUUGUGAAGGAAAGAGAAGCAAAAUUUCAGAUCAAGAGCUCAGCUUAUUACAUCAUGACGCUUAAACAAAGAUGGGAAGAGGUUUACUCGUGUGAAAAUGAUAAUCACAACGAAGAAGAAGAAGAAGGAGAGGUUGUAGUUGAUGUUGAUGUAGAUGUAGAAACAAAAGUGGUGAAGCUUGAGGGGCAAGUAACCAAAUUGAGAGAGACAAGCGGUGGUGGAGUUGUUUGGUAUGAGAGAGAAGACAAGAAGAUAGGUCUAGGGUCAGUGGUCGUGGAGAGGAUGAAAUGGGAAGAGGAAAAGUUUGGGUGGUUAGACAAUGGAGGAAAGUCUAACAUUAAGAGAUGUGAGAAAUUCAAUGGAGGUGGUUCGAAUUGGAAGAGCUAUAAAUGUUAUGUGUUGGUAGAGAGCUUUGAGUUGAAGAGAAUGGAUGGGAUUUUGGUCUUGACAUAUGAGUUUAAGCAUGUUGAGAAGUUAAAGAGCAAGUGGGAUUGA